AGGUGCGAUGAAGGGUUGGACUCGUGGGCGGGUGUGUGACGCCGUGCUGGAGGCAGAGGAGCGGGGCGUGGCUGAGGGCGUGCGUACACGGGACAGUACGGUAACAGCUGUGGUGGGCGGGGCCAGCCCAGGAUCCGCCCCGGGCCCGGGCCUACUGCAGCUGCAUCGACCCCCGGCACUGCAGACCCUGCUUUAAGAGAAAAGCAUCAUGGAUAAAUAUGAAAUCAUUAAAAUGAUUGGGGAAGGAGCUUUUGGCAAAGUAUUUUUGGCAAAAGGAGAAGUUGAUAACCAGAAGUGUGUUAUCAAAGUGAUCAGUUUAACAAAGAUGCCUAUGAAAGAAAAAGAAGCAUCUCAGAAGGAAGUAAUUCUUCUGGCCAAGAUGAAGCACCCAAACAUAGUAACAUUCUACAGUUCUUUUCAAGAAAGGAGCAAUCUAUAUAUCAUCAUGGAAUAUUGUGAUGGAGGUGAUCUAAUGAACAGGAUAAAUCUGCAGCGUGGAGUGCUGUUUGAUGAGGACCAGAUUCUGAGUUGGUUUGUGCAGGUCUCCUUAGGAUUGAAGCAUAUUCAUGACAGAAAGGUUUUACACCGAGAUGUAAAAGCACAGAACAUUUUUCUUAGCAAUAAUGGAAUGAUAGCAAAGCUUGGGGACUUUGGUAUAGCAAGAAUGCUGAACAACACCAUGGAGCUUGCCCGUACCUGUGUAGGGACACCCUAUUACCUAUCUCCUGAGAUCUGUGAGAAUCGACCAUAUAACAAUAAAACGGAUAUUUGGUCUCUUGGCUGUGUUCUCUAUGAGUUGUGCACUUUAAAGCAUCCUUUUGAAGGCAAAAACAUACAUCAGCUGGUGCUGAAGAUCUGCCAAGGAUGUUUUAUUCCUGUCUCUCCAAAGUAUUCGUAUGACCUGAGGAUCUUAAUUUCUCAGCUCUUUAAAAUAUCUCCAAUAGAUCGACCAUCUGUCAAUUCAAUAUUAAAGAAGCCCUUCUUGGGGAAGCUCAUUGUCAGAUAUUUACCCCCUGAGAUAAUACAAGAAGAAUUCAGCCACACUGUUAUACACAGAAAAAGACCUUUGGUAGCACAGCCGGUAUCCAAGCUGGUACAGGCUCCUAAACUUCAAAAAGUGAGAGUUGAGGAGCACCUUUCUCCAAGAUCCAAGGUGGCGGCACUUGCCAAGAAACAAGAAUUAUCACAUCGAAAUGAAUGGAAACCUCCUUUGCGAGUUCAGCAGCCUCUUAUCCAGCAGUGGAGCCCCAGAUUUAAGAUGGCUGAAAGGCCAGAAGGUGCCAGAGUACAUGGACGUUACAGUCACUAUUACGAUAAACUUGACAACUUGCAGCAGGAAGCUUACGUACAAGAUGACUUUUCUCACUUCAGCCAGAGAGUUGAAGCAUAUUAUAAAGUAAAAGGACAAAUUCCACCCCCUCUGCCCCCUCCUGAGUGGGUUGGAGAAUAUCUUCAAAGACGGCUUGAAGCCCAACAGUACAAGAUGAAAGUGGAAAAACAAUUGGGGCUGCGACCAUCCUCUGCUGACAUACAUUACAACCAGAUUCAGAAGCAGGAAAGGAAACAAGAAUGCCUCAAAGACCAUCAGCAGGACCUCGCUAGAAAAAACAAAUUAAAGGAACAGGAAUACCUUCAGCAGUUGCAGAAAAUUAGGCAACAAUACCACAAUGAUGUAAAGGAACUUCAGUGUAGAGCAGGAGCCCCACAGGAGAAUCAAAAAAUACAAGACAAAACCUACCUUGUGAAAGAAGGUAAAGCUGGGAGCCAGUCUGAUUCCAAAGAGACUCCAGCAAGAAGAGAAGAACCAGUCCAGGACCUUGAACAGAACUUGAAACAAAUCAGACUACAGAACUGGCAAGAGAGAAGAGUCCUGGAAAAGAAGCAUAAAACAAAGGGAGGAGUAAAGUUUGAAAUUAAUUUAGAUGCAUGUGUUCCUGAGGAAGACACCAUGCAAGAAGAGGAACCAGAUAAACUUAAUGAGACUCUAACUUUUGACGACAGUGAGAAUCUUAAGGAGAAACUGGUGAAUGUGUAUGAAGAUCACACAGACAGAGCUUUGGAAGAACUAUGUUGUCAGGAAACAGAUGCUGAUGUGGUAGAUAAUUUCCUGGAAAACAGAAAACAAUGGCAAGCUGAAGUCCCACAGACUCUUCUGAAUUUUUUAGCUGACGCCGAUGUCACAUCUGUCUGCCCUACCAUGGAUGGAGAUGAACUUGCUGGACAGAUUAUUGUCAUGCCUGAAGAAACCCCAGAAAGCAGGAAGCAAUGGAAUCAAGAAGCACCAGGGACUCUACUGAAUAUAUUAGCAGCAGCAGAGCUGUCUGAGGACUCCUUUAUCCGGACUGAAGGGGAAUUUGAAAGACCAUUAACAUCUUGGUUGCCAAAAGAGGAUAAGGAAGAUGACUCAGAAACAGGCUCUUCUAUUGAUGUUGACGAAGACAGACUGCAGCCAAGAUCAGAUGAUGAUGACACUAACUUUGAAGAAUCAGAGGAUGAAUUAAGGGAAGAGCUGGUGGAAUCCCUGGAAAAAGUAGUAACUUCACCAGCAGAGGAAGUUAAAGAAGUUCCAGUACAUUCAACAAAUGAAGACAAACCAGAAGAAAAAGAAAGCCUAGCAAGUGAAACACCUGGAAGCUCUGAUGAGGUUUUAGACAAUUACCCUGAUCCAUCUACUGCUACUGUAUACAACAAAGAAGAUGGAGACAAGGCAGGAAUCAGCUAAAACAGAUGGGUAAUUGCUGCUUCAGGACUUCAGUUAAGUUACUGGGCAUUACAGGUACCAAGAUUUCAACAAGUGCCUAAUGUUAAACUCCCAAAUAAGUUGUCUACUCAACAACUGCUGAACACCCAUUGGAAGCAAAUGAAAUCUAGGAGGUGUUCUGCACUUUUGAAAAAGUCGGGCCAUUUGUUCAAGAAACUCAACUCAUUCUUUUAAAAUCUUGGCCUAGACUGAUAGGCAAUUCCUGCUUAGCUCUUCUAGGUUGCCUCUCUGGCAUCUCUGCCAAGCCUUCUAGUACAUUUCUGAAUAUGUACCGCCUUCUUUUGAACUUUCAUGAAAGAAUAGCGUCCUUGUUAGGACACUCCUAUUUCCUUAUCUUAAAACCCAUCUGUUGAGAGGUUUCUGAGUCAUCAUCAGGAAUCCUGGUUUUUGCUGAUAAAUCCUCCUCCCCACCCCAAUUUUCAGAUUAAAAAAAAAGUAACUCCAAAUCCAUAUUUUUCUUUGAUCAAAAUGGAAUAUUUAUGUAAGUGGCGCUUUAUUUUAAUCAUGAAAAAAUGUGGAUUUAGGUUACUUUUUUAAAUCUGAAAAUUGGGGAUUUAAAAAAAAAUCAGAGAAAACCAGGAUCCCUGCUUAUCAUGCUCAUCCAAUAUAGAUUGCAACUCAUGCCCUUAAGUCCUUAUCUAGGCAGAAAUUUAUAUUUUGACAUGCCCUGCUCUCAGUCCAUGUAGAUUUACUAUGACUAAAGUGUAGGGGUGCACUGAUAGAGAUUUUUAGGCCGAUACCAAUGGCCGAUUUUUAACGAGCCAUAUUGGCCAAUACCAAUCCAAUUGUCGAUAUGCAGCUGGGCAGUGUUGAGAGCAGCCGGGUCCAGCCGGUAAGUCUGUUGCAGGGAAAGGGAAGGGGAGGGAAGGGACGUGGGGAUGGCAGAUAGGUCUUGGUGGUGAGGGAGGGAGUAGGGCUGGGGCAGGGGCUACCCAGCCAGUGUGGGGCAUAGGAUGAAGCUGCAAGUGGCUUGUCCAGGGGGCGUGGGGUGGGAGGGAUGGCCCCUGCUGCUGCACACACCAUGGGGGGGCGUGUGCCCCUAGAUUUGUGUGCAGGGCAAAGGGGCCUCUAUCUGUUCUCCCCACGCCCCUUCCUCCACAACACGCUUACCAACUGGACCUGGCUGCUCUUCUGGCUAUG